AUGUGCGACCAUUGCAGAACCUUCAAGCCACUUUUGGAAGGGCCGGAUCCUAGGAGAUUCUACGAGAAGGACAGACCGCCAAUCGUCAGCAAAUUACCGAUGAUACCGAGAGCCGAUGCUCCUGACACAGGCUGCUGUUCCUGGAGGCAGACCUGCUGCGACGGAAUGUGUUGUAGUCGUGUCGGAAACUGCUGCUCGUCCCAGCCUGAAGCUCGAUACACCCCGCCCGAAAAACCGGCGCCCGCUCAUGGUUAUGGUUACGGCUAUCAGCCGGCUAUGUCGAGUUACUCCCUUGGAAUGACCGAAGAGGCAAACGUACCGAGUAAUCAGCUGAACAGAAGCUUCUACAGCGCGAGCUAUCCGCCGCAGAAUCGCAGUUACGAAGAUCUUUGGAAUCUUGCCACCGAUAGAGCCGGUCUAGCGUUACUCCUGUUCCUGUUCUCGGUAGCCACCGUGUUCGGUAACAUGCUGGUGAUACUGGCAGUGGUGAGGGAGAGGUAUCUCCACACGGCGACCAAUUACUUCGUCACAUCGUUGGCGUUCGCGGACUGUCUGGUCGGACUGGUCGUGAUGCCGUUUAGCGCGAUUUACGAGGUGCUGGAGAAUCGUUGGCUGUUCACCACGGACUGGUGCGACGUCUGGCGUUCGCUGGACGUCCUCUUCUCCACCGCCUCGAUCCUCAAUCUCUGCGUGAUCAGUCUGGAUCGUUACUGGGCCAUCACCGAUCCGUUUACCUAUCCGAGUAAGAUGAGCAGGAAACGGGCCGCCAUUUUGAUCGCCACCGUGUGGAUCUGCUCGAGCGCGAUCUCCUUCCCAGCGAUCGCGUGGUGGAGGGCCGUCCGAACGGAGGAAGUGCCAGAGGAUAAGUGUCCGUUCACCGAGCACCUAGGCUAUCUGAUCUUCUCGUCGACCAUCAGCUUUUACUUGCCCCUGUUCGUGAUGGUGUUCACCUACUACAAGAUCUACCGGGCCGCCGUGAUCCAAACCAAGAGCCUGAAGCUCGGUACCAAGCAAGUUAUAAUGGCCUCCGGUGAAUUGGAGCUCACUCUGAGGAUACAUCGAGGAGGCGGGACAAAUACCGACGCCAGGCACCUGUUUCGCACCGCCUCGAGCACGCCCGAGGAUCUGCAGGAUCUCGAGGAGCCACUGACGGCCAUGCACAACAACUGUUUAACCAGGGUACCAUCCACGAGGAUCAAUAAGCAGCACCGGGGAAACAAUUUCUCCCUGUCGCGUAAGCUAGCCAAGUUCGCCAAGGAGAAGAAGGCCGCCAAGACUCUCGGGAUCGUGAUGGGCGUCUUCAUCAUCUGUUGGUUGCCGUUCUUCGUCGUGAAUCUCUGGUCAGGCUUUUGUUCGCAGUGCAUAUGGCAAGAGAAGAUCGUGUUCGCCGCGGUCACAUGGCUCGGCUGGAUCAACAGCGGAAUGAAUCCGGUGAUAUACGCCUGCUGGAGCAGAGACUUUCGAAGAGCGUUCGUGAGGAUUCUGUGCGUCUGCUGUCCCGGGCGAAUGAGACGGCGAUAUCAGCCGGCAUUCAGAUGUAAACCAAGUCAAUACGUUUCCGGAGCCAGUACCAGCGGCGAGGCCAGCCGCGUGAGUUACAGUAGCGUGAGCCAAAGUAGCGACGGGGGUGCCGCCACUACUCUACCCAGUGGCGGGAUGUGACGUCACACGGCGGCCCGGCCUGGGCCCCGACGAGAUCGCGCGAUUCGUUUUCGGGACACGUGAUUGUAGGCUCGUUUUUCGAAAGAUCGUUUCGCUUGCACGUGGAAAGGCUCGUUUCACCGGGCAAACUCGAGUCAACGGACAAAACGAGGCGAACCAAGACACGGACUGUUCACCGGCUA